AUGGAGUUGAAAUUGAAAAUUCUUUCAACAAUUCUUCUUCUUCUCACUCUUUCCAACAACUGGCACACUGAAGCCAUUGUCGUGCCUUUGGAGAAACAGGUAGAGGACUUGUUCGUUGGAGGAGGUGAGGAUGGUAAUGUGGAGACUAGGAGAGAAUUUGUCGGUUCCCAAGUUUUGGAAUACAAUGUUGGGUUUGAUGACUUGAACACGAAGGAAACUGAAGCAGUAUUGAUUCCAGCCAGGUAG